GAGAGCUGAUCAGCUUCAGCACCAUGAACCAGACCGCCAGUGUCCCGAGCCAGUGCCGCAGACGCCCCUCAGCCGACAUCAAGGAUCUAGGAGAUGGUGUUUUAGAGAGGAACUGGAAGGGGAUCGGCAUCUCUCUGCUGGUAAUUCUAGUGGUGCUGUCUCUCAUUAGUCUCUCAAUCUUCUUUCUUUCUAAAGAUGAUGGAGCUAAAACUCUGAAAUCUCAUCUGACCUUGGAUGACCUUUCCUUCAGAGACUUUCAGGUUCAAGCCUCCGAAGUGCAGUGGAUCAGUGCGGCCGAGAUCAUCUAUAGGAGCAGAGAUGGGAAUGUAAUGAAAGCUAAUAUCCAGACCAAUCAGACUGAGCUUCUGAUGAAAAACACUACAUUCGUAACAUUUAAAGCUUCCAAAGUUGCAGUCUCACCAGAUCUCAACUACGUACUUCUAACAUAUGAUGUCAAAAAGGUGUAUCAAUACUCCUUUCUGGCGUCUUACCUGAUCUACAAUUUGCACACAAGAGAGGUGUAUGAGCUGAACCCACCUGAGGUGUCAGAUUCAGUGCUGCAGUUUGCCUCCUGGGGAGUUUUGGGACAACAGCUGAUUUAUAUCUUUGAAAACAACAUUUACUACAAGCCAGAUGUGAAGAGCAGCUCUCUCAGGCUGACUUCAUCUGGACAAGAAGGAUUAGUGUUCAAUGGGAUUCCUGACUGGCUGUAUGAAGAGGAGGUGCUGCACUCACCGGUAGCUCACUGGUGGUCUUCAUCUGGAUCCAGCCUUGCAUUCCUCACCAUUAAUGAUACUCUUGUACCAAACAUGCUGCUACCUCGCUUUACUGGGGUUCUCUACCCACGAGGAAUGUCCUACCCUUACCCAAAGGUUGGCCAGGUUAACCCUACAGUGAAGCUGAAUGUGGUUACUCUGAAUGGUUCAUCUCCAACCAUCGAGCUUCUGCCCCCUAGUAGUCUAGAAAAAAGUGAGUACUACAUAACCAUGGUCCGGUGGGUGACUGAGCAACAUGUGACUGUGCGCUGGCUCAACAGAGCUCAGAACACUUCCAUCCUCACGUUGUGUCACAUACACACUGGAGAGUGUGAACGGAAGCAUGUGAUGACGUCAGACAAGUGGAUCGACCGCCAGAAUGAGAAGCCUUUGUUCUCUAAAGAUGGAGCAACGUUUUUUAUUACUUUACCCAUAAAACAUGGCAGCCAGGGAUCUUUCCGCCACCUCACCAUGAUGUCAGAACAGCAUACUGACGGAGAGGUCAGUGUGCGACACCUGACUUCUGGCAACUGGGAGGUUACUAAAAUGCUAGGUUAUGAUGAAAGCCUGAAAGCUGUGUAUUACAUCAGCACAGAGGAUGGAGUCUCACAAAGACACCUGUACAGGGUGAAGACAGUGGAUCUUUUUCAUCGAAAGUGUUUGACAUGUUCCCUGUUCAAGCCUCACUGCUCAUACUAUGAUGCUGUGUUGAGUCCGGAUUUACAAACAGUACUGCUGCAUUGUGCAGGGCCUGGUAGUCCCAGAACUACUGUGCACCAGCUUGCUAACAUAAGCAGUUAUAUGACAGUAGAUUCUGGUUUGGAGUUCAGGGACUGGCUCAGGCAGAAGAACAUCCCCCGCAGAGAAAUCACAAUCAUACCCUCUAAUAACCAUGCACUGCGACUGGAGCUCAGCUUCCCUGUGGAUUUUGAUGAGAGUAAUCAGUAUCCUCUGCUUUUCAUACUUGACAGUGCUCCUGGUGGUCAGCAGGUGAGUGAAAAAUUUCAUCUGGACUGGGACUCUGUACUUGUGAGCUCGGACAAUGUGAUUGUAGCUCGUUUGGAUGGUGGAGGUAGUGGUUUCCAGGGACAAAAGACUCUACAGGAAGUGCACAAACGCCUAGGAGUGGUGGAGCUCCAGGAUCACCUUGCUGCUCUAGAGUAUCUAGUAAAGCAGUUGUACAUUGAUGGAAGCAGGGUUGGCGUUUUCGGCAAGGCAUAUGGUGGUUUCCUUAGCUCCCUUCUCCUCCUGUCUGACAUCUCUCCAUUCCGCUGUGGUGUUGCCAUGGCACCCGUUACUAACUGGAGACUCUAUGCCUCAGCAUUUACAGAGCGAUAUUUUGGGUUUCCAUCCAUGGAUGAAAACAAGUAUCAGAUUUCUAGUUUGCUGUCUAACAUCAGCACCUCUGAGAAGCAGACGUUUCUUAUCCUACAUGGGACAGCUGAUGCUUCUGUUCACUUCCAACAUACAGCAGAGCUGGUGAAGCUGUUAUCUAUGCAUAAUGUAAACUAUACCUUAAAGAUUUUUCCUGAUGAGGGCCAUGACAUUAGCAGCAAACACUACAUGCUGAGUUCUGUCAUCACCUUCUUCAGUGAGUGCUUCCAUGAAAACUCUGCUGUCACCAUGGAAACCCGUGAGGAAGACUAGCUUCUGUGGCUUAAGUGAUUUCUCUUGGACUCAGGUGGGAUUUGAGGACAAGAUGGCUGCCAUAACAAGCAUCCUUGAUAUGGGUGCAUUCGUUCUAAUCCCACUGGUCCUAGUCUUACCUGACAAGGGCACAGAAGACUUUCUUGUCAGUUGUAGCAAUGGAGCAAACACACCGAGUCACACACUGUCCAGAUGUGCACAGUCUGUCUGAUAUUGGAAGAUAAGUUGGGCAGCUCUACUUUCUCUUCACUUACGAACUACAAUAAAGCUAGACCAAUGAUAUAUUUUUUAAAGACCAUGUAUACAAGAAUAUGUGGAUAACAUGCUCGACCCUCCAUGCAGAAGGCAGGUGAAGGAAAAGAAAAUAGUAUUUUUGUUUUUUUUCUUCUUCUUCUUCUGUUAAGCAUUAUGCACCAAAUGGACUUUGAAUAAAUCCUCUACACCUGUGGAUCUUUUGUCAUCCUGUUUAUUUUUAAUAAUUUCUUAUAUCUAAAUUCUGGACUGUUUGAAAUGUAUUGUAAUGUUGUAUAAACUUACUGCUUCUUUGGAAUUAAUGAUAUGUCAUCCUGCAAACAUAGUCGCUAUUACCCUUGAUAAACACUGAGUGUAAAAUUCCCUGUUUUAUUGCAGUCCACAUUUGUUUAGCUGUCUCAUUUUGUGUAAAUGUUAUUGUGUAGACAUUCAAGUCGUGAACUGAAGAUGUUAUAUAAUUACACAUAAGCCAAAUG